AUGUGUAUCCGGCAAGCUCAGAAGAAGAGGACAGAGAAGGAGGAGAUUGCGGCGCUAUUGAGAGAGCAGGAAGAAGCUGCGAAGGCGAACCAGGCUGAGGCCGAGACCUAUAGAGUACAGCAGGCUGCCUGGGAAGAUGAGCAGAGGAAAGAGAGGGGCUUGAAGCUAGCACGUCAGGUCCAAGAGGAGUUGGACAGAGAAAAGGCUGAACAGCUGCAACAGGAGGAGAAUGAGCGAGCGAAGCAGGAAGAAAAGGCCAAACGCGAUCAACAGGCUGAGCAGGAACGCAUACAGCGCGGGAAUGAGAAAGCCCGCAAAGCGAGACUCGAUGCAGCGGAAGCCAGGCACAAAGCUGCUGAAGAGAAAGAGAAACGUGAAAAAGAAGAACAGGCUGAGGAAGAUCGAGCAGAAGCGCGGCGACAGAAAGAGAUGGCUGACCUUCAGGAGAAGCUGGCAAGGGAGGAAGAGGAUGAGCGUGAGCGUAAGCGGCAAGAGAAGGUAAAGAAGGACGCUGCGAGCAAAGACGCCAAGCAUCAGGAGGCGCUGAGACAAUUGAAAGAGGAGGCCGACCGUAGGCGUAAGCAACAGGCAGAAGAAGAUGAAGCUGAACGCCUUCGAGAGGAGCAACUCGAGAAGGAAAGGAAGGAACAGCAGGCUGCCGACGAACAGAAGAAACGUGACGAAGAAGCGGAACUCGCACGUCGACGUAAAGAGAUAAGUGAUCGCAAUGAGGCACUGAGGAAAGCAGCGCAGGAAGCAGAGAAGCGUGAACGGGACGCCGAGCAUGCAAAGAAGAUUGCGCAAGCAAAAGCAGAUGUUGAGGCUCAAGAAAGGGAGAUGGAGGAAUUGCAGCGCAAGUUAGCGCAACGAAGAGUUGUGUCUGAAACCGAGGCGACCUCUCCGCCGUCCACGGAGCCAGCAACUCCCACUCCCAAGCCGAUAUGUCCCACACCCAAGCCCCCUGUAAACUACGGCGAAAUCAUAGGUCACCAUGGAACCCAAGAAAUUGGAUACGGCAUGAUCGGUAACCGGCGUAUACCUCUCCACGAAUCCCAGAAGAAAUCCGAACAACCAAAGCCUCCAAUUUCACCACCCGCCUCCAAGCAAGCACUUACUCCAAUGGCUCGCCUGGGAGGACCGGUCCUUUCAAGCCCAAAUGACUACAAGAUCCAACCACCCAGCAUCGCCGCCACACCAUCUACACCAACGCCAGAUUGGAGGAAGAACAUGCGCCCAAGAGCAGGAUCGAGGAGUAUACCUGCGUCCGAGGCGGCAAGUCCAACCUCCGAACUAGCAGCGCGACUAGAGAAGCGACGGGCCUGGGAGGCUGAACAGGAGAUAUUAGAGGCAGAGAAAGCAAAGACGAGCCAAGAAAAGAGCGAACCAGGCUGGGAGAUGGUGGACAAGACAACGGCUCCUGUCUCCACUCCCUCGAACCCUGCACCCCCUCUCCCUCCGCCCACGAUGACGAAACCUUCCUCCCCUCCUCCAAUAAAGCCGGCAUGUCCUGCAGCAACGAUAACGAAGCCUACCUCGCCACCACCUCCCCCGACCAAGACAAAACCCAAGCCACCGCCACCAGUCAAGCCGAAGCGCAUCGCUAGCGCCUCCUCGCCUUCCACAACCCCCGUUCCCAUCCCUAUCCCCACCCCUCCCCCGAUGCCCUCCCUACCAGCACGGACCCGUGUGGACUCAGCGGCCGCACCAUCCGCAAUGACAAGUAAAGAGGGUGAGGAUGAGGAUGAGGAUGAGGAUGAGGAUGACGAGGGAGCAUGUAGUGAGCAGGAUAGGAGUGCGAUGCGGACACAACGGCUGGACGACAAGUAUGGAAAGCAGAGGAGGAGUGGGUGGAGAGGGAGAGGGGAGUGA